GCUGAAGGCAAAGCGGCUUCAUCAGUGACAGUCUGUUUUUAUUUUUAGCUGGCCGCUCAGCUCGCCUUGCAGGGGGGCGGGGAAGGAAGGAGGCUGGCUCCCAGCGGGGCGGCAGGACGGGGACUGGGACACCAGCGAAGAGGUUACCGCAGGCGAGCAGCAGCCAGCCGGGCUGCAAGCCGCUCCGAGGCGGAGAGCAGCGGCCUCGAGCUCCCCUAGCUAGAGGAUCUGCCUGGGGGGUCACUCGGCUCUUCCGUGCGAGCCUCCUGCAGCGGAGGCAGCGGCAAGGCUUUGCAAAUGGCCAGUCCUCGGCUAGAGCUGGGAGAAAUUCAGCCUCUGCAGCAGGACGCUGCCCGUCCGGAGCCAGCCUUCGCCGAGGCGCGGCACUGGAUCGAGCAAGUCACAGGCAGAAGUUUUGGUGACAAAGAUUUUCGGUCUGGAUUAGAAAAUGGUAUUCUGCUGUGUGAGUUGCUGAAUGCAAUAAAGCCUGGACUGGUAAAAAAGAUCAAUAGACUGUCGACCCCUAUUGCAGGGUUGGACAACACCAUCUUAUUUUUAAGAGGCUGCAAAGAGCUGGGGCUUAAAGAAUCUCAACUUUUUGACCCAGGUGACCUUCAGGACACAUCAAACAGAAUAACAGUCAAGAACAUUGACAACAGUAGAAAGCUGAAAAAUGUACUAGUUACCAUUUAUUGGCUGGGGAAAGCAGCAAACAGAUGCACUUCAUACAGUGGAGCAACACUGAACCUGAAGGAGUUUGAAGGAUUGCUGGCACAGAUGAGAAAGGAAACGGAAGAUAUUGAGAGCCCCAAACGCAACAUUCGUGACAGUGGUUAUAUUGAUUGCUGGGACUCUGAACGCAGUGAUUCCCUUUCCCCCCCUCGCCACGGCAGAGAUGAUUCCUUUGACAGUCUGGAUUCAUUUGGUUCCCGCUCACAGCAGACACCGUCUCCAGAUGUAGUGCUCAGAGGAAGCAGCGAUGGGAGAGGGAGUGACUCUGAGUCUGAUUUGCCACACCGAAAGAUGCCAGAUGUGAAAAAAGAUGAUAUGUCUGCAAGGCGGGCGUCGUAUGGUGAACCUAAAUCAGUUGUGCCUUUUAACCAGUAUCUCCCGAAUAAGAGUAACCAGACUGCCUAUAUACCAGCUCCUCUUCGGAAAAAGAAAGCUGAACGAGAAGAGUACCGGAAGAGCUGGAGUACUGCUACUUCACCACUCGGAGGAGAGAAGCCUUUCAGCAAAAACCACCCUGAAACCAUAGAAGAAGAACAAAAUGAGGCACCAAGACAACAUGAAGAGGAGCAGGUGGGAUGCAUGGCUUCCAGGACAAACCCCAGUAAAAGUCAAGUAGAUUUGAAUCAAAACAAAGGAAAGACAAUAGGUCAGUUUCCUUCAGGUAGUGCCAAAGAAACUGCAGUGCACAAGUGCAAAGAGAAAGAUGCAGAGGAAAUCAGAAAGUUACGAAGGCUUGAACAAGCUGGUAUUAAGGUCAUGCCAGCAGCACAACGCUAUGGCAGUCAAAAGCAAAUAUAUGAAGAUAGUGAACCUACCCCAGACAUCAUCCUUCACAAGGAGAAACCCUCUAUGAUGCAUUGUCAAGGGAAGGAUUCUGGAUCAGAAGAUGAAGCAGUGUGCAGAGUUCCUGAUCUAGAAAAGGAUGACUUUGCAGCCCGGAGAGCAAGACUUAAUCAGCCCAAAUUUACAGUGUCAUUUAACCAGUUUUUAGUUGGGCCCUGUACAAAUAAAGAUAAAGGUAAACUGGAAGGUGCUAAAAAGCCAAUACAGAAGGAAAAACAGGAAUAUGCCAGAGCAAGCCAGGUACAUACGGCAUCAGCGAGGCAAAUUGUGACACGUAAAGAAAACCCAUUCCUGCAGUCUCAGGAUAAUGAGUCGGAGGAGGAAGAGCAGGUGAAAGUACCUGAUAUUCAAAGAGAUGACCUGGCUAAACGAAAGACUCAAAGUAACCUUACCCAGCAACAAGAGUCUCCAGUAUUUGUGAAAGCUUCUAUAACACAAGCAGAUUUGGAGACGUGGGACAGACUGAAAGUGUCCGAGGAGCUCAGCGAAGAAGACCUCAAAUGUUCCAAGGAUCCUGAACCAUCCGCUGAAAUUGCAGUGGAAGCAGCCAUUCAUGAUGAUUUUGCUAGCUGUAAAGCAAGAGUGUACAAAAAGGCUUCUAGCCCCAAGCAGAGGUUUGUGCACUUUGGGCCAGUGACUGAGAUUGAUCAACAGAAAUGGGAGAAGCUUAGUAUUGCCAGGGCCACAUCCAAUAGUGAAACCACAGAGGAGACUGGGAGGGAAAGUGCUGAGAGACAGAUUUGCCAUGAAACCUUUGCAUCUGCCACUGCCUGCAGCCUCACUACCAUUGGACAUAAUAACGAAGUCUCCAGGCCACAAAAUGAUUCCAGUGAGGUAGCACGGUCAGAUACAGAUGAAUAUUGCCAAGGAAUCCAGUUGGCUGCCUGUGUUGUCUCUCAGAACCAAACUCCAUGCAGAUUGAGUGAAUGGCAUGAAAGCAGGGAGGAAGAGCUUGAUGGGAGUUCACCAAACAGUGAGAGAGAUGAUAUGAUGGCUAGAAGGAUGGGAACCUUUCAGAGGCAGACUAGCCCGGUUUGUAUGCCAUAUUCUCCCAUGUCAGUUGCCCAUCAUCCUCUGCAGCAACAGAAAGGAGUAAUUCAUAAGAGAGACUUGAAGACUCCACAGAAAGCAGAAAGCAGUUUGCCCUUGAAUUGCACAAUGGAACAACAUCAUGGAACAGUUUCAUCUGUCUCCAUGGGCUGUAAUGUGACAAGGGACGAGAGCCAUGAGAAACUGAAAGAUCAUGACCAGCCUAAGGGUGGGGCAAAACACCAAGUGAGAAUUCCAGAUCCAAGAGAUGACAUGAUGGCAAGAAGAACUGGAGCUUUUCUAAAGCAGCCUGGACCAAGUGUUAAACAGUUCCUUCCAGUUCCUUUUUCAAAGCAGCAGAGUAGCCAGGAGAGAACUAAGAAACUUGUAAAGCCUGAAAAGAAAGUGAAGAGCAUCACCAUCACUGGCUCAUUCAUCCCUGAAAAAUGUCCACAAAUCUGUGCUAACAGUCCUCAGAGACUGGCAGUGCAGUCUCAACACAGAGAAGAAAAAGAACAAGAAAGACAACAUCUCCCUGAUACAGGACAAGAUGUGGCUUCCACUGUUCACAUGAGUAGUCAUAGUCUUGAUCAAAUUCACUCAGAUCAAACUUCACAGCUUCAGGAAGUUCCUGAGAGAAACAAAGUGUCGUCAUCCAGAGACGAACACCUGCAAACAUUCGGGCCCAGAACUGCUGUGUCUGAUGACGCAGAGAGUGUGAGUAUGUUUGACAUGAGGUGUGAAGAUGAAGCUGUGAUGCAGCCUCACAGCAAGGCUCGCCAUGAAAAACUACAGCAUAUUCACAAUCAACUGAAAGAGGAUGAGGAUAGAUGGCAAGAUGAUCUGGCACGGUGGAAAAGUCGGAGAAGAAGCGCUUCACAGGACCUAAUUAAAAAAGAAGCAGAGAGAAAGAAGAUGGAAAGAUUAUUGAGUGGCGGUGAUGGAAUAAGUGAGCGAAGGAAAAGUAUCAAGACUUACAGAGAAAUUGUGGAGGAGAAAGAGAGAAGAGAAAAGGAGCUGUAUGAAGCCUACAAGAAUGCCAGGUCACAUGAGGAGGCGGAGAGCAUUCUCCAACAAUACAUUGAAAGGUUCACCAUUAGCGAAGCUGUCCUUGAACGUUUGGAGAUGCCAAAAAUUCUGGAAAGAAGCCAUUCAGUGGAGCCAAAUUCAUCAUCGCCACCGAAGGACCCAAAUCCUAUGAGAUACUUACGGCAACAAUCUCUGCCUCCUCCAAAAUACACUGCCACGAUUGAAGCAACCAUUGUUCCCAUCAACGAAUCAGAAGCCACUGUUUCAACAGGCCAAACAUCUCCAAGCAAAACUGUUGUCUCCAAGGCUGUGCCUAUGCUGACACCCAAGCCUUAUGCACAACCCAAAAACACGCACCAGGUCUUGAAAACAUUUAAGGUAGAUGGAAAAGUCAGCAUGAAUGGCGAAACUUUCAAUGGACUUGAAGAGAAGGAUAAAGAAUGUACAACAGUGAUAUUUGCUCCUUUACUAAGAAGAUCUCCAAAGUUUGAAGGGGUGGCCGGAGCGGAUGGAUACCCGAUGGAACUGAAUCAGGACACCACUAGCAUUGAGCUCAGUUUAAAGAGGCCUGCCACUCACACUGUGCACAGAGAGCUGACAGCCUCCUUCACUGAAGAAGCUAAACCAGCCAACCAAAAAGAUGAAACUGAUUCUGGAAGGCCAGAAAUGAUGAAUUCGGGGUUUGCUUCACCAGCUGCAGAACAGAAACAAUUCAAGACAACUGUUACUUGUGCACGCCCUGCUGUGCCCAGCGUGGAGUUCCCUCCUAGCACCCAUUCUGAAGAAGAAGCUUCAAAAGAUAAAGAUCUGAAGAAACCUGAGACACAACAACAGAAGGAAGCAGAGGUCCUAGUUACAGAGAAGGUAGUGAAGUCAAAGGCUCCAGAACAAGAAGGGAGUAUAUUAUUUCCAUCUUUGAAGAAAGUACCUGAGCCCAGCCAAGUUAUUCUGCAGAACUCUGAUCAACAAGCGGAUUCUGAUAAUAGUGACAAGUCAAAUCAUUUCAGUUUCUGGUCCUGGGAUCCAGAAGAGGAACGAAAGCGACAGGAAAGAUGGCAGCAUGAACAGGAACGCUUGCUUCAGGAGAGGUACCAGAAGGAGCAGGACAAGCUGAAAGAAGAAUGGGAAAAAGCACAGAAAGAAGUUGAAGAGGAGGAGCGUAGAUACUAUGAGGAGGAGCGCAAAAUAAUUGAGGAUACUGUAGUUCCGUUCACUGUUUCUUCAAGCUCUGCUGAACCCCUCUCCACUUCUUCCUCUGCCACUGAAGGAAAUGGGACAAUGAACAUGAUGGAACUGAGCGACUCUCAAGAGGAAGAGAAACAAAAGGAAAUUAAAAGACAGGAGAAAUUACCCUGGGAGCAGGAGGGUGCAUCAUUAGCCAAAAACAAGAAAAGUGAGCCAUGCCUGGAAAAGAAAAGCAGUGUAAAUAAAGUGCCCACAGAACAUCCAGAGACUAUUCUUCAGAGGGAAAGUGAGCAGGACCACCAGGUGUCAGUGACGGAGCACAGUUCACCAGUCAUACUGAAUCUACCAUUGACUCAGGAUGUGUUGUGGAAUCAGCAGUUGUUAACGAAACAGUCACCACACAUUUCAGAAGAAGUUAGACAGAAAACAUCUCUGGAUCAGAGCAUAGGCCAGCAGGAUAAUUCCCCAGGCGAAAGGAGAAGGACCGGCUGUCAUGAGAAUUUCAGGCCUGGGCUGUCAUCUCCAUGCUCUCCUACACCUCAAAACCACUCACCCAACAGGUAUCAAAGGUCUGUCAGUGGAAAGAAACUAUGUUCUACCUGUCGGCUUCCUCUUGGGAAAGGAGCUGCCAUGAUUAUUGAAACACUCGGUCUAUAUUUUCACAUUCAUUGCUUCAGGUGUGGAAUUUGCAAGGGACAGCUUGGAGAUGCAGCAAGUGGAACAGAUGUCAGGAUUAGAAAUGGUCUUCUCAACUGCAAUGAUUGUUACAUCAAAUCCAGAACUGCUGGGCAGCCAACAACGUUGUGACAGGUAUUUCAGUCCUAAAAACUUUCUGCAAGAAGGAGCUUUCCCAUCAUGUCCCUGGGGCUGCUUCCAGACAAUCACUUGUAAGAGCUCGUAUCCAUGGACUUCAUAGCUCCCAUCUCAUUUUGUAAUGCUCAUAUAAAAAGCUGCAUCUGCUACUUUAAAGCGCAGUAUGAUUUUUCCCUUUCAUAAUGAAUUUGUAUAAUGUGUAUGAAGAACAUUUGGUAAUUCAUAUCUGAAAUAUUAAAAAAGAGGCUUUCCAUAUUUUCAGAUAUGUUUAUGAUUUAAAAUCUGUUAUUUUGGUCUUUUCAAAGUCAGAAAAGAGUCAAUAAAUCUCUUUUGUUUUAAUACUUCUAGGAAUUAAAAAAUUAAGUUUACAGAAUGUUUAUGGAAGUUCUAGAAUAUGUCAAUUCAAGAUGAGAAAUCAUUUAAAGUUAGCAUCCAAUUAGUGCAUUUGCAAAACUAAACAUCACAAGUGACUUUUCUGUUAUUACUGAAACUAUAACUUUUUUACACAAAGACACUAGUUUAAUAAUACAUACUGUAAUUCUGAAACAUUUUGUUUUAUAUUACCUUCAGUGGAGGGUAGGAGUUAUACAAAUAAAUUAUUGCACCUUUAGCAUUAGGAUUGUUUUUCAGUGUGUGUAUACAUUAAGUAAUGUUCAACAUUAUAGUUUAAUAGUCUAUCAAAUAAAGAUUUCUUCAUUAACCUUGAAAGAGUGUAUGCCAUUAGCAAUUGCAAAACCCCCCAGUAGGAUAAUAAAGAGGAAAUCUUUUCUUAACAUGUACAGAAUUAUACAGUACUACCAAAUUCUUGGGGGGCUGACAUGGAUGAAGCUGAAUCUACCAGAAGUGGGUUGGUGGUUGUUGGUACAGCUAAACGGAUCUACUGGCUUGUAAUUUUCUCAUGGCCAGUAGAGUUGUUACAAAUGAAUUAGCAGAUCUUAUGAAUCUGAUACCUUAAUGAGAUUCUAUAUAGUAGAAAUACAUUUACAAACCAGACAGGUUGAUUUGGGUCCCAUAAAGGGUCAAUAUAAUUAGAAUAUGUCAAACUAUAAACAGCUGUGAUUCAUUGCAGUACAUCAGUGGUCCUGAACCUGUGUUCCUUGUAUAUACAACUCUCAUUGCACUCAAUGGGAUUUGUGAGUGUAUAAAGAAUGCAGGAUGAGGUCUAAUCUGUAACACUUUACAAAAAAAACAACAAAACUAUUAAGCGCAUUUGGGUCAGUUGCACUCUGUGCAUUAUCAUAAAUAUAUUCUACCAUUAGUGCAUACCAGUAGCUCCCUGAAACAGCAACUGGAGCUGUGGGUAUAGAAAUCAAGAAUAUACCCUAAAAUUUAGCUCACACAUUACAGUUGUAAAAUAUUACAGUACUGAUUUCUAACUGUACUACAUGGCUGAUAAAGAGAAGUUAUUCAAAAGCAUCACACUUAGCAGCUUAAGAUGCUCUUUAAAAUGGAAAAAAAUCUAUUUAUUCUGCCUUAAAACCAUGAUCAACUAAAUUAAGAGAUUUCUUAUUGUAUGUGACAGAAUAUGUACACAUCCAUUGUCUUUUGAUGUGUUGGUAAAAGGAAAUAAAGUGGAUAUUAGGUAAGCAAUAAUUUUUUUCUAAGUGUUUAUAUUGAUAGCAUCUAUUUAUUUAAAAUGCUAGACAUUUCUUUGCAUGCAAGUUGCGUGCUCAUGCAGAAAUACUUUGUCACUGAAAACAUUUGUACAAUGUUGUAAUUUUAAGACAUUGUUGCUGUCUAAUAGAAAGUUGCAUAUUAUUUCAUUAAAACUGUGCCUUAGAAAAUGCGAAGUUGUUGCACACAGUGGUGACUUAUGGAUGCAAUAAAUCCCAAGUGUAAAGCUCACAGGACUUCACAUGGGGGUUAUUUUAUUAAAAAAAAAAAAAACUACAAAAAUAAUAAAAAAGAAACGUUUGGAUAUAUAGAGCAACAUCCAAUGUUUUGAUUAACCAUUUGCAUGAUUUACUGUUAAAUGUUUUGAUAACCUUGAUGUUUACAUGUUUACACUUUGCAUGUUGUCAUCAUAAUACUUUAUUGCAAAUAAUGCACAAUAUGAAAAUUCAAAAUACAGAUUUUUAUGAAGUACUUUUUACAACUGUCUAACUCCAACUGUUACACUAAGGGUAUGUGAAUAUAUUAUAUUCUGGGCCUAAUUUUCAAAACAUGACUUCCAUUUUUGCAUGCUUGAGUAUGAACAUUUGAUAUUAGUCAUUAACACUUAUGCACACAGGUGAUUAAGAUUUAGAUGUGUAAAUCAGUCACCUGAGUGUACAAGUGUUGGUUGUCACACAGGUCUGGUCUGUUUCUAAUGAAGGCAGUGGUAAACUCCCAGUGCUUUUAGCAGAAGCAUGACUGGAGCCAAAAUGCAUGUGCAAGUUGGAGUUUUUAUGUGCAGAGUUGCAAACGCACAAAUGGAUCUCUGAUUGAAGCCUAUUGAAAAUGUAGCCCUCCUUUCUCUCAUUUUUUCAUAUAUACAUAUUUUAGUGUGGCUAAUUGUAUAUGUACCAAAACUAAUGUAAAGCAAAACAAAGCAGCAUUCUUAGACCACACAGUGUUUUUCCAUAAUGAACAACUAGUCACCAGCACAGAACAUUUUCUAAAUGCUAAUUGCCAAUGGUUUGUUUAUAUUUGAUUUAUUUUUUCAUUGGGAGACUGUCACAUGGCAGUUCAAACAGGCUAAGGCCUAGCUUUUUCCAAUUCAAACAUAAGUUUGAAAUAUUUUUCUUUCUUUUUUCUUUUUCUUUUUCUUUUUUUUUUUUUUUUUGUGGUUGCAGGAAAAAUAAUGCUUUACUACAUUGAGCUACCACGUAAAUGUGUUUGUUUCACAAAGUGAUGUAUUGUUGCUGAGCAAAUACAAUGUAAUGUUUUUUAGCUCUUGCAAAAGCUUAUUUACCAGUCAGAGAACAUGGAUAAUUGUCAUAGCCAUUUUAUGUAUUUUGCUACCAAACUUUCAUCGUGGUUUUCCUUACUCCUGCUCUGUAGUGUUAUUGAUGGAAUACAUACUGUAGCUAUCUAUACAUGACAUAAUGGUUGGUGAGCUAAAAGGGAUUCACCUUAUAUGCAAGCCCAAUCAAGGUCAAGAAUUACUGUUCUAGUUGCGCUAAUGUUCCAUACAGUUACACUAAUCUUCACUUACAAUAUUUAUUCUAAAAUGCCUCUGGAAAGUAGGAAAAAAAUUGUCUAAAAUGCAACAGCUUUUAUAGUUAAUGUAUGUUUAUAAAUAAAAUGAUGAAUAAAUUGG